UGGGACCAGCGGUAAGUUCUUAAAAGUCUGUUGAGCGGAAAUGUUUUGUUUCUCGUGUUGUCAAAUAAGGUCUUUGUCUAAACAAGGAGAGUUAUAACGCGUUUAACUUCGAGUGUUGUAUACAUUAGACCUUUAUCAAGAACUAUUAGUCACUUAAUAAUAUCUCAAGGGACCGAGCGCGGCCGUUCGGCCCAAUCUUCCUAUUUUUGGGCAAUUCUGAGGAAAACCCUGUUGUUACAAGAUUUCGAGGAAAUAUCGGGGAAAAUCCAAAAUUUGUUCAAAAAUUUUGAGGAAUUUACCCAGACCCGGGAAAUUUUGAGGUUUUUGUUCCCCCUUCAUGAAGUCCGUUAUUGCGGCUUCCCCCAAGUUUUACCAAGAACGAACAUUUUCCCCCAAAAUCUGGAGAUUAGGAAGGGGAAGCAUUCUUGCGCUCUAAAUGGAUAUAAUUCGGUAUCUUGACAACUGUUUUGUGCGGUGCACUAAAUGGAUCUGAGGUGCACAUAGCAAAUACAUUCAAAUUCCUGUAAUUUCAUGACUUCUCGCGAUAAAUAUGUUCAUUCUCAGCCGAAUCAUGCGAGGGUUGAUGCAUCUGCAAAUUUAGCUAGUAGCACUUUAGAAUACUGGCCAAGUCCUGUACAUGAUGAUCAUGACCGUCUCAACCUUGAACUCAGAGAGAAAGUCGAUGGACUUCGUAGUCUUUCGAUAAAAAUAGGAGAUGAAUUACGAUCUCAAAAUAACUUACUCGGAGAUAUGGCCGGAGCUUUUGAUCGGUCGGAAGGUGUUCUUCGCUCUACAAUGUCUCGAUUAUCUCGAAUGGCUAAACAGAAUUUAUCCUCUGGAUUAUGCUGUUAUGUAAUUGUAUUCAUGUGCAUCAUUUUCCUCAUGUGCUGGUUUAUUCUCCGAUUUCUUUAGUCACAUGUAUAGUUAUUGAUGUUGAAACUGUGAUUUCAUUUUUGUCAAAAUAUAUGAGUGAUUACU